AGAUCAAAAGGAUGACAUCAAGUAAAGGAGCAGAAGCGACCCUGAUGUAGAUGCGUAGCACCUGAUAACACGCUCUCAACCAAAAUGGCUUCUUCCUCCACUUCAACACUCAACUCCUCCACUUCCAGAACCUUCAUCUCCACCUCCACGCUACGACGUCGUUUACCCAUUGUAGGCGCGUUUUGCAUGCUCACUUUCGGACUCACCAAUCUCUACACGCCCUUUUAUUCUUCUGCCCUCAAAACGGGGUGCGUUCAAUCUCUUUUACGAUCCAAAUUGGGUAGUAGAUUUUCGACAAAGAGCAGCAAUUUCAUCCGAAUGGAAGGGAAUACUAGUAACACCACUGUUCCAAGCAUCGUUGUUUAUGUCACCGUUCCCAACAAAGAAGCAGGUAAGAAAUUGUCUGAAAGCAUUGUCAAAGAGAAACUUGCAGCUUGUGUCAAUAGGGUACCGGGUAUAGAAUCAGUGUAUCUGUGGGAGGGAAAGAUCCAAACUGAUUCUGAGGAACUUCUUAUAAUCAAGACCAGGCAAUCUCUUUUGGAAGCACUGACUGAGCAUGUCAAAGCAAAUCAUGAAUAUGAUGUACCAGAGGUGAUCUCCUUACCCAUCACUGGGGGCAAUCUCAAAUAUUUAGAAUGGUUAAAAGAGAGCACAAGAGACUGACUAUCAAGUUUAUAGCCAGAGGGGUGUGGGUUCAAGACUCAAGAGUUCUGUUGCCUUUGUGUGAAAUAAACCUGGCAUUUCAUCUAUGUAACUAGUCAAUGGUGUAUGAGAAUCGAUCUUGCAUUACUGCUAAUGGAUGUUAUGGGCUGAAUUUGAGUAUAUGAAUGGACCUUUCCUCUUGUGACUUUA